CCAGCUGCCUAAAAAUAUCGUCAUAAACAUAGAGACAGAGAGAGCAGUUUCUAUUUCAGGUCUACAUUACAGUCUUUAUGCUUUCUGUGUAAAAAAAAAAAAAAAAAAAGCCGCACACAUGUUCACUAACGAAAGCAGGGGUCCACUUCCUGCUCUGAAACUGAUCUGAAAGAGAGGAGAGCCAUGUCCUCCUGUGCUCUGAAGUCCAGAAGCAGAAAUCCAUACGCGUCGGUUCAGGUGGACCCAGACGAUGAUUACAUCACACCAGGAACAAUGGACCUGGAGCAGCUCUUCUGGACCGGCUCCACAGCUCAAUACACGCACUUCAAUCAGGUGUGGCCGCGGAUCUUCAUCGGCGAUCAGAAAACAGCUCUGGAGCGUCCUGGUCUGCAGGAUCUGGGUGUUACACACAUCCUAAAUGCUGCAGAGGGAAAGUGGAAUAAUGUACUUUCUGGUGCUAAUUACUACAGUGGUAUGAACAUUCAGUACUACGGUGUAGAAGCCGACGACAAACCAACCUUUAACAUCUCACAGCACUUCUCCUCUGCAGCAGAAUUUAUCCACGAGGCCCUCAGCCACCCACAGAACAAGGUAUUGGUGCACUGUGUGAUGGGUCGGAGCAGGUCGGCGACGUUGGUUUUGGCGUACCUGAUGUUGAAGCAAAGUUUAACUGUGGUGGACGCCAUAGAGCACGUGAAGCAGCACCGCUGUAUCCUGCCUAAUCACGGCUUCCUAAAACAACUCAGAGCACUGGAUAUCGAUUUGCAAGAGGAAAAACUCAGACUAAAAAGAGAAAUAUAAGAGCACCAACAUAAAACUGCAUUAUAAUAAUAAACAAAUACUUUUA